AUUUUCAGGCCCGGUAGGCGAGCUCCCAAAGCUGACUCCAUUUUUGUAUUCUACUUAAAUAAAAACACCGGCGACCAGAAUUCGAUCCCCGAUCUCCGAAGCUUCCUCCGCCGACCGGUCGCUCGCCAAUUCCCGAUCUGCGGCACACACAUAUAUAAAUAUAUACGAAUUCGCUCUUCGCCGUUCGCUGCAUCUUUCUCCGCCCUCCUUUGACCUUUCUCUCUCUUUGGAGCUAUUGGAAUAAACCCUAACCGUCGGGAAUCCGAUCGUCCCCCCGGAGCCUCGUCGAUCCGCCGGUGAGUUUUCUCCUGCUCCGGUCGCGCCGGGAUGUUCAACGGAAUGAUGGAUCCCGAGCUCUUCAAGCUCGCCCAGGAGCAGAUGAGCCGCAUGUCGCCGGCCGAGCUGGCCAAGAUCCAGCAGCAGAUGAUGUCUAAUCCUGAAUUGAUGAGAAUGGCCUCUGAGAGCAUGAAGAAUAUGAGGCCUGAAGAUUUACGACAAGCGGCAGAACAAUUAAAGCAUGUUCGUCCAGAGGAGAUGGCUGAGAUUGGUGAGAAGAUGGCUAAUGCUAGCCCUGAGGAGAUUGCAGCUGUACGUGCUCGUGCUGAUGCCCAGAUGACUUAUGAGAUAAAUGCAGCUCAAGUGCUCAAGAAAGAGGGGAAUGAACUUCACAGCCAGGGGAGGUUUAAGGAUGCCUCGCAGAAGUAUUUGCUUGCCAAGAAUAACUUAAAAGGAAUUCCGUCGUCCAAAGGCAAGACUCUUUUAUUGGCAUGCUCCCUUAACUUGAUGUCAUGCUACUUGAAAACGAGGCAGUACGAGGAAUGCAUAAAGGAAGGCUCUGAGGUUUUGGCACAUGAUGCCAAAAAUGUCAAAGCUUUCUACAGGAGGGGCCAAGCAUAUAGGGAAUUAGGUCAAUUGAAGGAUGCGAUCUCUGACUUGAGAAAGGCACAUGAAAUUUCUCCUGAUGAUGAAACAAUUGCGCAGGUUCUAAGCGAUGCUGAGGAAAGCUUGACCAAAGAAGGUGGUUCUGCACCAAGAGGGGUGGUAAUUGAGGAAAUAACUGAAGAAGAUGAGACCGUGUCCUCUGCGAACCAUGAAAGUUCAUCAGAAUAUUCAGGGAAGCAGCAUCAGGAAUCGGAGGAUGCCCGCAAGGUUCCAAUUAAUGGUGAUAGUAUGGGUCGAAUGACCAAUUCUGAAAGCUUGGAAGCUUUGAAAGGCGACCCAGAUGCAAUCAGGUCAUUCCAGAAUUUUAUUUCUAAUGCUGAUCCCACAACUUUGGCUGCAAUGGGUGCGGGAAAUGCUGGAGAGGUAUCCCCUGACAUGAUUAAGACUGCCUCUAGUAUGAUCGGCAAGAUGUCACCAGAAGAACUCCAAAAGAUGAUUCAGUUGGCUUCGUCGUUUCCUGGGGAAAACCCUUUUGUCGCAAGAAACUCGGAUAGUAAUUCCAAUAGCUUUGGACAUGGAUCAGUUCCUAAUGUGUCGCCCGACAUGUUAAAAACUGCGAGUGAUAUGAUGGGUAAGAUGUCACCCGAUGAUCUUCAGAGGAUGUUUGAAAUGGCAUCUUCUUUGAGAGGGAAGGACCCUUCUUUGGAUGCUAACCGUGCAAGUUCAAGCUCUGGGGCGAAAUUGGCUGCCAAUUUGAAUCAUAUUUCGGGUGAAAGUGAAACGACUUCGUCUCAUCCCAUACCUUUGAGUUCAAGGAAUGUUCCAUCUUCUCCUCUGUCAAAUUUCCCAUCAUCCCCAGGUGAUAUGCAAGAGCAGAUAAGAAACCAAUUGAAAGAUCCAGCUAUGAGGCAGAUGUUUUCAUCUAUGAUGAAGAAUAUGAAUCCAGAGAUGAUGGCAAACAUGGGCGAACAGUUUGGAUUCAAGCUUUCUCCAGAAGAUGCUGCAAAAGCCCAGCAAGCGAUGUCUUCUUUAUCCCCAGAGAUGUUGGACAAGAUGAUGUGCUGGGCAGACAGGGUUCAAAGGGGAGUCGAGACGGCGAAGAAGACCAAGAACUGGUUGCUCGGGCGGCCCGGUAUGAUUUUGGCCAUAUGUAUGCUCCUCUUGGCAGUGGUCCUCCACUGGCUGGGCUUUAUCGGAAGUUAGAGUGGCGGAAUUCCUUCACUCUUUUUAGUUUUACUUGACAAGUCAGCCGAAAAGCAGCAGUAGCGUCGGAUUGGAACACAAGACGCGUCUUUGUCAAUCCAUCUUCAGAAGAUUGAUGUACUCCGGUAUGAUUUAUGCUGACUGUCUGGAGUUUCUUUCCAUUUAGUUGACGUAAAAGGGGAUUGAUUGAUGUACUCCUUGUAGAGAUAAAAAUAUGGCCCGAGUUGGAAUCUCACAAGAGAUUUCUAAUCAAGAAAUUCCAUUACUUGUUUCUUUA